GGAAAACAAUUUAUAGAUUAUGGACGGAAAAGAAAAAUUAAAGGAAAUUAUUAAGUGAAUUAAACAUGAAGAAAUGUUAUUCAUGUUAAAAUUAUCAAUAAUACAUACAUACUCUGUUUGUUUGUUUGUUUGUUUGUAAUAUUUCUCAUUUUUCAUGAAGUUACUACUUAUGCAAAUCUUAUUUAAAUGAUUAUAUUAUGGAUUUCAUAUUGGAUAAAUUUUAACAAAAUAUAUAUCCAGUAUUUCAUAGAACAUAACUUUACAAUAUAAUAGUAAUGUUGCUUAAAACAAUAUAUACAGUCUGAUGAUGUACGAUGGAGCAAAUUUUUAAUGAUUGAAUGUAUAAUGGGAAUAUAUUUAUGAAUAUGGACCAAUCUAUGUAAAUAUUUGUAUAAAUACUUGGUUAACAGAUAAAAUGAAAUCUGUUCUAUCAGAAUGUGGUAUACAAUCACAUAUAUCAGAUAAAACUGUAGAUUCAAACAAUCCUUCGGAAGCUGAGGAUUAUGAUAGAUUUGAAUAUAAUUAUGGAUGGGCACGGAGUAGAAAAUUUCUAAAACAGCUGGUUAAAGACAAUAUUGAUUUGUCUCUAGUGGAAUAUGAAAUAUUACGGCAUACGAAAAAUAAAAGGCCAAAAACGUGGAAACAGUAUUUCCUAGUUUGCCUUCGGAGUAAUAUUCUACAAGUAUUAAUGUCUUUAUUAGUAUUACUUGAUGCUGGAAUUGUAAUCAGUGAAAUAGUUUUGGAAAUACAAUCACUUCAAACGUACAAAAGUAAUUUUCGCACACAGCUUGAAGAAUUUCGUGAUAUUAUAUGCACUGUUAUGUAUAGAACUGCACCUGAAAUGGAACUUCCUUUUCAAUGUUAUUCAGAUGAACGGGAACUGCAUUUCAGAAAAUCUAGUAAUAAACUAAAUUUCACAUAUUAUAACAAAGUUAUGCAAAAUCAAACUUCUCCAGUUGAACAUGCGAGUCAAGUAAAAAUCUAUACUGAAGAAUCAAAUUUUACAAAUCCAAGUCCUAGAAUACAGAACACACAUCAUUUUCAUCUCAACAAUCACCUCGAGAAAGAUGAUGAAUUAUUGAUGGAUAUGUGUAGCUUCCUUUCUCACUGGUACCAAAAGUACGAACCAUCUAUAAAAUGUUUUUUGAGUAGUGAGAUGAAUAAUAUCAUUCGGCGUAUAUUUUCAAAUUUAAUGCCAAACAAUGUCACACUAAAUUUAACUGAAACAAAUAAUCAUGCAACUAUCUAUGUAAAUGAUAAACCAAGAAUUUUUCAAUCAGGAAGUCAAACAGAUUUACAUACUAUAAUCCCAUUUUUGUUUUCUACUAUAAAUAGUACUAAUUUUUAUGAACAUACAAAUGGAAAUGAAUUAAUUUCUCAUGAUGAUAAUGUACAUAAUGAAGGAUUUUGUGGAGAUUCAUACUUAAAAAGACGUCAGCUCGGCGCAAGAGCAAUGCAUGAAGCUUCAGAAAUUUUGCAUUAUUUAAGCAUUGCUAUCACAGCCUUAUUCUUUUUGUGUGUAAUAUUGAAAUUAAUUUGUAUUGGGAAGGAGUUUUUUCGAGAUACAAAUGAAUACUUUGAUGGAGCAAUUAUAGUAGCCUCUCUAGCUUCCGAUGUACUGUAUGUUCGUUAUGUAUCCGAAACUGCAGCUGCAAUGGUUGUUUUAUUGUUAUGGCGGAUUAUUCGAAUUAUAAAUGCCCUUAUGAUGCACAAGAAACAACAAUAUGAAUUUCGAAUAGCAAUGCAAAAGCGUUCCAGAAGAAUUUUAGGAAGAAAAAUGGAAGUUAUACGUACAGAAAAAGAAAUGCAAGAUAAACAUAUACUUGCUCUAGAAAACUUACUCAAAGAAAUGGGAGUUUCAAGUGAUACCAUACGCAAAUGCAAGCCAUUAUAUAAAAAAUGUACAAAAGAACAAACAAACAAUGCCUUAAAAUCUAUUGCAGCAUUAACUACAGGUUUUAUGGGUGGUCUUGUUGGUGCACCUUCACAUGUUCAAGAUGUUAUAUCAAAGUAUGGUAAUAGUAAAUUUUCUAGUACACAAAAUUUUACACAAUCAACAUUACAACAGUCAGGAUCUCUAAAUGUAUUAUCUAAAUAUCAACGUCAAUCGGUACCAAGGUUAGUACAUAUUCAACUUCCUGGAAAUAAACGUUUGCAUAACCAACAAAUGUGUAACAAUUAUGAAAAAAGUACAAACUAUUCUUAUGGCGAUCGCGACCAUAUUUCUGAUGAAAUAAAACCUCCUAGCAUCAUACAGGCUACAGAUGAAGAUAAUUCAGACUUUGACAAACUUUUUAAAAGACCACGUGCAUUCAGCUUGAAUCCACAAGAACACUGGAGUUCACUUCAAGAAAAACAAUUUCAGUCAUUAUUAUUACAAAGUGAGUCUACGACAAAAUUAACCAAAGGUCUUCAAACAAUGAAGUAUCUCAAUGAUGCAGACAUUCUGUGUGAGAAAGCAGAGAAGUCAUCGACGUCGAUAUUUUUAAGGCAUACAUCAGAUGAUACAUUGAAUGAAACCAUAUCAAAUUAUUACUUUGCUAAUACUUCUAAAGGUCAUCACCACUUUUUAAGAACAUUACCAAAUAUAUUUAAAAAAGCUUUGAAUAUAAACAAGCACAAAACAAAUAUCCUAGAAGAAGAAGGUGAAAUAAAUGAACAAGAUGAACAUAAUAAACUAGUUGAUCAAAAACAAAGAAGAAACUAUUUAUUACAUGGAAAAGAGAAUUUUGAAAGAACCAUUAAUUCAUAUCCUCAUUCACAAACUACAUCAACGGUACAAGAAAUAUUAGAAAAUGAUGAACUGUCACCAGUAUGUAAUUUAAAUGAAUCAAAUGAGUUUAUGGAUUCUCAAACAGAUAUUAUGUUUAUGAAAGAUAGUAAAAUUAGUAGUAAUACAAAUAAAGAUUACUUGGUUUCAUCAAAUGUUGUACAGAAUAAUGAUAAACAUUUAAGUCAACUUACUAAUAAUGAUCAUAUUAAUGAUACUAAUACUAAAAUAUCCAUAAAGUCUGUUCAUAAUACAAAUAAUAAUGUACAUAAUGUAUAUAAUGAAUUAGCUAUUAAUAGAAAAGAAUCUGAUGAACAAAUAUGGAUACUUCAACCAGGUUAUAUAUGGUGUCAAAAUGAAAAUCAAGCGAAGUUAUCUACUAAGAAAAGAAAAUAUUCUGCAACAAAGUCUCCGCCAAAAGAAAAAUCCCGAACAAUGAAAAUAAAGCAGGUAUUUUCUCGUGAUAAAGCAUCGAACAAAAUCUCAAAGGCAUUAUCAUUAAAACCCCAGUCGACAAAUUCAUAAUUUUACCUUUUUCUUUUCUCUUCAAAUUGCAAUGGAUUCAAUACAUUAGAAAAAUAAACUUAUUGAAUCAUUUUAUUGGUUUCCCUAUUUUCUUUGUUUAUUUUACUUGUAUUUUAGUGCGACUGUGUUGUUUUUUCUCAAGAAGUAUGAUACUAAACGUAACUUUUUUCUAGUACUUACAUCGACUGUGUUUCUUGUUUAAAAUUUAUUCAGUUGUACUAUAUUACUGACACAUCAUUGUAAAUUCACAGAAAUACAUAGAUGGGAUGUUUGAAGGAAACAUGUACUGAAUACUAAAGAUUUUACAAAUGUAAGUGAUGUCUUUAAUAUUCUAAUAGAACAACUGCUGAUAACAACAUUACAGUUCAUGCUAAUAUUCGAACAAUUUUUUAAUGGAUAGAUAUCGUAUACUUUUUUAAUUAACUACAAUCAUUCUGGAAGAAUGUGAAAGAAUUGAAACACAAAAUCAUAAACAGGAAUGUUUGACAAGUGGAAUACAUCCAGAAGAGAGUAAUUAAGGGAAAAUGUGAAACAAUGUAGUCUAGACUUGUAUAUUUGUGAAUAUUGGUAUUUAAUCAUUAUAUGGAUCAAAGCAAACAAUUACAUUUUAUUCUGUUGGCUGUGAAUAGAUAGAAAUUCUAUUUUUCUUCCCUCAACCUUAAUUAUAAACAUACUCAUGACGCCUUAUUUAAACGAGAAUUCGAAGAGUGAAAUUCAGAAUUUAUCUUCAAGAGGGAAUUCCAUUUGUCAACAUGGUGGUACCAGAUCGAAAAAUGAGAAAAGUGAACUUCUCCCUAUAAAUGUUGCUCAUCAUUCAGAAAUUCUAGAAUACAUCGAUCUAUUUGAUCACUCAGCCACUUUUUUCUCCUGUUUUUUUAUGAAAAUUUUUAUUGUAAAAAAACAAUAUUCCCAUUUUGCUAAUGAAAUGAACAAAUCAUUUUCCACUGAUAAAUAAAUUCUUAACCGUAUGAAUAAACUGACUUGUAUUUCACCCUUUUUGAAAUGCUUUACCAAUGAAAUGAUUUAAAUAUAG